GGUGGUUUCUGCUAUUGUUUUAGUAGAACGGAGACAUAAAUACCAGCUAGAGAUCAAAGGUUAUGAUUACUAACUUUAUGAUAAAUUACAUCAUUAUGUCAUCUAUUUCAUAAUAACACUGAUUUUUUUAAGUUAACACAUUCAUUUAUACUUUAAUCUUACGGUCACAACCUGCUUGCAAACAAUUGAAUUAAAUAUCGGGUCACGAUUAUAUGCAUUGCACCGCAAAUUACACCAACCCAGACACAGAGACGCUUUAUUGGUUGCCAAUUGUAAACAAAGACAAGCCCAAACACAUUUAAUCUCCAUCAGUACCAGAUUAAAGUAACAACAACUACAAUAUAAAAAGCCAGAAUCCACAUGAACAUGACAAUAAAAAUGCACCGUAUGCCGAUGCAUUUGGUAGUUAUAUUAAUUGAAAUGUUCAUGUUUAUUCAACCAAUUACGAAUUUGUCAUCAAAGUCUUUAGACGCUCAUUAAAAAUAGGUUUAUGUAGAUACAAUGACUGCAACAAUAAUCAACUUUAAUUUGCAGGUUAUUCUGGACUAAGUAAUCUAAGUUCAUCUACAACUGUAUGUAACUGUUCUUGAAAUUAUUAUUUGACAUUUUUAUGUACAAUGGACACAAUAUAAUUGAAUAUCAGUGAGCCCAUUUUUAGAAGCUUCAAGUUUAAACUUGCUGUGGGUUCCAUAUUGUUAUUUUCUGCUGAACUGCUUGGAGCCAUUGAUAAGAAGAUUGAAACAUAAAUUCAUUUGAAACAUUUGGAUUGUUUUGCCCAAAACUGCACAUCAUGUAGCAUUUAGACAUUGGAUACUGCUUGGCGGUGGCUUAUUUUGCAAUUUUGUUUGAGAUUUUGUAUGGAACAUGGACUGUAGACAUCAAUAAACAUGGCAUUAGAUGAUAGAGUUCACCGUUUAACAGAAAACUUAGAGGGUACAACCCGUAACUUAAAGAGUUUGGAUCGUAUGUUGGAUCAGUACCGGGAUGUUAGCACAGAUCACAGACACAAUGUAGACAGGCUACGAGAGGACGUUGGUCGAACACACCAGCAGAUCAGGGAGGAAAGGUUCCGAGACUAUGGGAGUGACAGCGAGUACGAAGUCGCCUCUCCUAUUUCUCGUCGUCGACGGAAACCACGUCGCUCGUCAGUGAGAUUUGCAGACGACAUGAACAAGGAGCUACAUGAGCUGCACCACGCAGUGCGAGACCUGUCCAGCGAUCAUCUCAACCUUGAGACGACCUUCAAUAGAGAGGUCGACAGGCGAGAUACAUAUGACAUGGACACAAAACGGAAGAUAAGGGAGAUUUCAGAUGAUUUAAAAAGAUUCCAGUCUAGCGAUCCUGUGGCAGACAGGGUGGAGCGCAGGCUGCGCAGCAUACAGGCUGAUAUGGACAUGGACCGUGCAGUGACCGGGCGAUAUGAGGAGCUUUCUAACCUCUCCAUGGAGCUCAGAAAUGCACUUCAGCAGCAGCAGUUGCACUCGCAGCAAGCCGCCAUAGAGGAUCGUAUACGUUCCAGCAUGUUGUCAACGGAGACGCACAAGCACAGGCUUGAGACAGAUCUAGACGACAUGAGGAGGAAGCUGGACAUGGCCGAGGGCUCUAAGUCUGCCCUACAGUCGCAGGUUGACGAGCUGCGUAACCAGCUGCGCAGGCUGGAGACAGACAGAUCCCGUAUGAAGUCUGUGAUGGAGGAGGCCCGGAUAGAAGAGGAGCUACGUGAGAGAAGGAAACGACGAUCUAUGGAGGAAGACCAAAAGAAAAGUCUAGAACGUGAAUUGUUGGAGCUCCGUCAGCAGGUGAAUCGAACUGUGGGGAGCUCCUCUGAGUCGGAGGAUAUCAGGAGAAAUCUGGAGAAGUCAGAGCGACAGAGAAUGCAGCUCUCUGACCAUAUAGAGACACUAACCAAAGACCUCGAAAAUCGUGAAAAGCAGACAGCAAAAUUGAUCAACGAACUGAAGGCUGUGUCAGACAAAUGUGAGGACACAGAGAGACACAAGAACCACCUGUUGGUGCAAGUGGAAGACACUGCGGGUAAAUUGCGCGACAGCAGCAGAGAAUUAGACAAGGCGCUUACUGAGCUGCGAAACACUCAGUUGGCGCUGGCGGAUACAGAGAAGAAACGGGAUGAGUUCAAGGGUAGAGCUCAGGAAACAGUGCGGCAGUGGAAGUUGAAGGUAAAGCAGUUGGAGCGUGAACUGGACCGCCACAAGCACGGGAACCAGCAGAUGAUGGUGCGCAACGAGCAGCUGAUCAAGGAGAUGGAGAUGAUACGUCAGCAGGGACACACGUACGGCAUUCAGCUUGAGAACAUGCGGCGUGAGCUCGGGGACGCACUGGCUGUGCGUGCAGCCCAGGAUGAGCAGAUCCGACUGAAGGACGUUGAAAUCAAUGAACUGAAGUCCCUCCGAAUGGAUCUGGACAGAGAACUGAGAGACACUAGAUCUGUCUCUGAUCGGCUGGAGAACGACUACCACAAUGCACAGCAGCGGAUUGCCCAGGUAACAGAGGACAAGAACCGCCUGGAGGACCGACUGUCUGCUGUAGAGGCCGCACACUGUCUGGCUCAGGACCAGGCAGCACAGCUGCAGCAAGAGUUAAAGGAACUUAGUGCUACAAAGGGCCAAUUAGCCGGGGAGUUGUCCGAGGCGAAUGGGAAAAUCCAUGAUCUGCGUCAGAGCUACAUGGAAAUCCAGCAUCGUGAGCGCGCCGCCCGGGAGGAAAUCAAGCUGAUUACUAACAAACUGCAUGAGGAGCGCGAGAACAGCAGAAUCGCCGUGGAAACCCUUAAAAGGGAGCUCAACGAGGCAAAGGUUCGUGAAGCUCACGUGUUGAAGGACCUGCAGCGAAAACUCAAGAAGGACAAGGCUGAGUAUGAGGCCGCCAUACAGGCCCUCAAGAUGGAAUUGUCGGAGGACAAGUCCAGUCUUAAAAUCUCCAAGCGAAAUGAGGAGAAGUACAGAAAAGAUGCUGAGAUAUUACAGCAGGGAAUGAACAGACUGGAGGAGGACAACCACAAGCUGUUGAGUCGCCUCGAGGUCACCAAGAAGGAGUUUGAGACGCACACGCAGCUUACGGAGAGUGACAUCUCCAAGGCUAAGCGACUUGAGGACGAGAUCUUCACCCUCAACAGCGAGCUCAAGAAGAUUGAACGCAGAUAUGAGAAUUUUACCUCAGACAUGAUUUCUGAAGUUGAUGCCUUGAUGGAUGUCAUGUCUACUGGAUGCAUAGAGAAAUUCAAGAUUGUUAGUUCUGUGAAAGGUGCUCUGAAUGGAAAUCUCCUUGCUGAUAUUAAGAUCAAGAUGAAGUGGCUGCGUAACCAGGUACGUGAGAAGAUCAAGUAUGAGCAAAAACUGCGCAAGGACAUCCGUGAUGCGCUCACAGCCAAUGAGAGCGACAGGAAGUUCCUUCUCACAGAGCUAGCGCGCAGAGAGGAAGUACUCGAUGAGUUGGCGGCAGCUAAACAAGAGUUGGCCCAACGAGAAAUAGAAAACCUCCAAGCUGUUGAAGUUCUUGAGGAUCACAUUCUGGACCUGACAGACGAGUUGGAAGUGCGGAAGAUCCGAGAAUCAGAACAGAAAAUGCUAUUUCAUGAAAUAGAGAAGCAUCAAAUCAUAACCAACAUUGAAAGCAGUAGGGACAAGGAGCGUGCGCGGAUUGAGGAGCGCUACCUGAGGCUACAGGACACUAUGAGGGCCCUGCAGAACGAGAUCAAGGUGGCCAACCUCAACCAUCAGCAGGUUGUAGAAUUGGAAAGAAACAUUGACAACAUGAAGAAAUCUCCAGGCAGACAACGAACCAAAAACAAUCGAGUGCGUAUCGCCACACCUUCCAAAAGCCCGCACAGGCGAUCUCAAACCCCACCCUCCCGCCUGCCAAAAGGUCAAAAUGACUCUGUAGCACCUAUGCAAAUGUCCGAUGAAGAUUUCGAACGGAAAUUUGCACGAAGAAAAUCUAUUGAAGAUAACCAUUUGUGAUUCGUCACGAAGUUUACAGAUAUGGGUGUUACCAAAAGACAUGCUAAAUAUGUUAAAAUAUAAUUGAUGAAUAAGUUGUACUGCAUUUAGUAGUAGAAGUUUUUGAUAUGUUUCUAUAGUUGUUUUGUAUUGAAGUAUUUAUCUUUUGUCCAAAGAAAAAUACAAAUACUAGUACUAAAGUAGCAGGUGUUUUUUGUGCAAGAUUGAAAUUUUGAAAAAUCAGUUUUAUUUCUGUGUACAAUUUCAUCAGAAACAGAAAGCCUUUAACUGUACUUGUGCUCAUGGUAAGCUUUUUUAAUCACCUUUUGUCCAUCAUGCGUUGUGUGUUGUGCAGCGUCCACAUUUACCUUGUUGACACUCUCAAAGCCACAUUUAUUGUCCGAUCUUCAUAAAACUUGGUAAGAAGAAUUGUACCAAUGAUAUCUUGAACGAGUUCGAAAAUGGUUCCGGUUGGUUGAAAAGCAUUGCCACCAGGGGCCGGGGCAUUUUCCUUAUAUGGCUAUAGUAAAACCUUGUUAACACUAUAAGUCACAUUUAUAGUUCAAACUUCAUGUCACUUGGUCAGAACAUUUGUUCUAAUGAUAUCUUGGGCUGCACAGAACAGGUCAGUUCCUUUGUUUCUCAGGUGAGCUACUUAUGGCCUUACAUGCCCUCUUGUUAGUGAUAGUUGUUAUGGAUAUAUGUAUGUUGCAUUGUUAUGUGCAUUUGUUAGAUUUCAAUAAGUACAUGCAGUGUUAUUGGAGAGAUGAUAAAGAAAAUGUUUUUUCAUAGCAAAUAUGAGAAGUAUCAUAUGAUUUGUGCUAUUUUUUUAGCUCUGAUAUUGUCUGUUGUUCUUGUUUUUUCACUAUAAUCACUGUCCAAAAUUUGAAGUGAAUUCCAUGUUGUUGUUUUUUAUGUAAAUAAAUUGCACAUUACUAAGGGAGAUACUUUGAAAUAUUUUUUUAUUAUUAACAGUAUUUUUUAUGAUUUUAUAAUUUGUAUCAUACAUUCCAUGUUUACAGAAUAAGUUCCGUCCUUUUACAUGUUAUGAUCUGAUAUUAUUUUAUUUGUACUAACAAGAAGUUUAAGAAUUCACAUUUAUGUCUUUUUUUUAAUAAGAAAUAUUACUUUAGGAAGAUCUGAUUUUAUUUAUUUAAUGAUUUGCUUUUAUUAAUCAUAGAGGGUUGGUUUUGUACAUGUUAUAAUUUUUAUUAAGUCUAUACAAAUCAGCUUUUGCUGAAAUAGUUUUUUUUAAUUCUCUUAUUUUUAGCAGUUAUGUAAGUAAACAUUUCUCAUGCGUAAGAGAAAUCCCUUGUUUUGAGGUGAAGUUGUUUUUAAUGAAAUUAAAUUUUAUCUUCCAUGCCAAGCUGCAUUAUUCAGGAACAAGAUAAAUUUACCGUACAAACGAAUUAAACAUGUGAAGGAUCUUUAAAUUUCAAGACUGACACCCGUUACAACACAGCAUGUGUUUCAUUAAUUAAUAUGCAAAGACUGUGAUAUUUCAGUAUUUUGAAUGUUUUGAAACAUAAAUGUAUAUAGACUGUGAUCAUACUAUUAUUUGAAUGGCUCAUUGUAAAUCACUUGUAAUAUGAAUUGUGCGAGUUUUUUUGUAAUAUAUGGUUGUUAGAAAUAUCAACUGUGUGCUAAAAUAAAGAUGAAUUCAAAAACAAGCUUGUAGAUCUGAGUUAUUGUUUCCUGAGUGUGAAUUGAUGUGGAUUAUCUCAUUUUGUCUUAGAUCUACCAUACUAUUUUUAUUUAUAUGUUCAAAUGAAGACAAUAAAUAUUUUUAAACUAAAUGAAGACAAUUUCAUGACCUUUAACUUUUUUUCUAAAUAUUUGUAUGUAGGUUGAAAUGUAUUAUUUUAAUGCAAAGUGAAAACAUCUGACUAGUAUUUAAGUUUUUUUAUUUUAAGUAAGACUUGUACACAAAAGCAACCAAAUACAAAGAAAUGUACGUAAGUUUUUAUUAAGGAUUUUGUUAAUAUGGGCUCAGGACAUAAGCCCUUCUAACUUGUAUUCUAAUUACUCGUCAAAUUUAACUUUAAGUUGCUCAUUAAAUGUAACAAAUUUUGCUUGCAGUAGAAAUGUUUUGUAACGAUAGAUUUUGUAUAUAUAUGUUUAUUCCCCCGUGUACCCCUCUUAAAGAGGUCGGCAUAUAGCAGUUGAUCUGUCCGUCUGCCUGUCUGUACCUUUGUAUGCACCUGUGAGAAAUGUUGCCAGUCUGAGCCUUAAUUGCCAUACAUUGAUGGAUUGUAAGGUAACUUGUCAAGGUCAGGGUCACACUAAGAGGUCAAAGGUCAUAAAACAGCUUAAUAAUGCAUCCAUUAUACAUGUAAGACCACUUGUUGCACAUAGCACGUGUCUCAUGAUUUCAAAGGUGAAGUUCUUACUUAGAGUUUAAAGGUGAAAUCAACUUACCUCAAAUGACCCUGUGAGGACAUUGUGUCUCACAUGUAUCAACAGACUCAUUCCCUCUAAGGUUACACUUAGAGAUCUAAAGUCGCAUUUGGCCAGCUUGUUUGUGACAUAAGUGGAAUUUUCAGACAACAGUGGAAUGUGGGGUUAUCCGUCCCCUAUGGACACAUGUCUUUUUGGUUAAGGUUCUAAAAAAAUCUUUCAGUCCAUUUGUUUAUGAAUGUUGAUUAUUUUGUUGUUGUUCCUAGAAUUGUCUUUUGGGCUACCAGACUUCCAAUAGCAGAUAAAUCACAAGAAAAAUAAAAAUCUACAUCUAAAACAAAAGAAAGACCUCACACUUGUAAAAAAAAUAUGUCUUUAUACUUAAAAGUCUCUAUGCAGCCUGCAGCAAUCUAAAAUAAUCUGCAGUUUACUUAACAUAACUUACUAUAAAAUCAAGAGAAAUGUAAAUAUGUGAGCAUACUUCCAAUUGAACGCCCUUCUUUAACAUUCGACUUAUUUAUAUUUAUGAUAAUACUUAGAACUUGGUCAUUAUCGAGUAUUGCAUCAUAAUCCACGCUAGAAGUAACAAUAAGCCGUCAUUUUGUUUUGUAGUUUACCUUUUUGUGUCUAUUUAUUUAUUGUUGUGUUUUCUAAUCAGGCGUAUGUAAAUUUAGUGAAAACACUUGUAUAAAGUUACACAGUAUUUUAUUUAAAAUGUACUGUAAUUUUAUAUACAAUAUAUCAUUUUCAACAAUAAUUUCUUGCUAGAAUUACUGAAUAAAUUGUCUUCUGUA